CCAGUCCUUCAGGCACACGCCCACCAUCUUCCAAUCCGUAAGCUGCCUACAUUUGUCCUCUUCUUCAGCUGCACCCCAGAACCUGUUUGCCUACACCAUCCAAGUCCCAACCGCUGGAGGCAGGUGAUUCUGCUAAGAAGAAGAAAUUUGGUUGAAUGAAGUUGAUAGCUGCCUUCAGUUCUCCUCUUCUUCAGCCGCACCCCUAGACCUAUUCGCCUGGACCAACCAACCCCCAACCGCAGCGGAAGGCGAUUUUCCUAAGGAGAAGAAUUUUUGUCGAAUAAACUAUCAUGAACUGCUCAUUCACAUGACUCUGAAUUUCUAAGAUUGCAAAUUUUUAGAAAAUGUCAACGAUUCAAAAGACGGGGUAUGCCCUCAUAGUAAAAGGUAACAUGUACUCCCUCCAUCCCUAAAUAAACUUACAACUUUCCUUUUUCGUCCGUCCCAAUUAAAAUUUCCACUUUUCCUUUUUGGCCAGAAUUUGUGGUUCACAACAAUUCUUACACAUUUAUCUCUCCUCUGCACAACUCUCCACCACACAAUACCCACUAUCUUAAACUCUAUGUCAAACCUAUUUGGAAGAUAUAAUAGGGACGGAGGGAGAAUUAUAUUUAUAGAGGAUUUGUAAACGGCAGGCAGCAGCCUUUAAUUUCUUCAAUCUCAUAAUAAGCUCAAACAGUAAAAAAAAAAGCUCAAACAGUUGUCAUGUUGCCGAUACUCUUUAAGUUUUCAUUUCAUAUAUCCUCUGUUUAUAUGAAACAAUUGUUAACAACUGUUAACACUUACAAUUGUUUUCUUCAUGGACAAAUUUUUCAUCUUUAAAGAAACAAAUUUAACAGCUUCUAUACAAACUUACAAAGUAAUGUCUUUAUUUAUAAUUCAUAUUUAGGAAAAUGUCUUUGCUAAUUUGUGAGUUAUAGGAUUAUAGCUCAGUUAGCUUUUUCAUUGAGAUGAACUCUUUAAGUUUUCAUUUCAUUGAUUAUUUGACUGAUGAGAUAACAGUAACUUGGUACUCUUGAUUAAGAUAAAAUCUGACAUAUUACGGAUUACUAUUUAACCCUGAAGAGGAACGAGAGACCAGAAUAUUUCUAAUAUACUCCGUAAUCUGAGCCAAACUUAUGAAAAUCCACUCUUAAAGAAAUGAUAGAAAUCAGAAAUUCAUUGCAAUACAAAACCAUUAUUUUGACAACUCAAUCUUGAGUUAUUAACUUUAAAAUUGGCUAGCAGAGAACCAACGUGAUUCUCCAAGUAUUAGAAUGUAGUGUGAAUGUUCAGAACCCUCUUUUAAUUUAAUACCCCAAUGUAGCAAGGAGCAGUACCUAUUUAAUAUCCCAAUCUCACUCUAAACAAACCAGAGGACUAGAGUAAUACAUUCUGUUGUCAGUGAUGUACAUCCAAGGACAUUGGUUAGUAGUACUCCGUAUAUGUCAAUUCCGUAUCUUCUACGGAGUAUCAUACUAGUAUAUUUCUAACAUUUCUUUAAUUUUAUAUCCUUAAUUUAGAGUUAAUAUUUUUCAUUGUUCCGUAGUGUGGUGUUUUAUUUUUAGAAUACAGUUUUUUUUAAAAAAUUUGAAUAUAAUUAUCACUAAACAAAAUAUGGUGUAAGAAAUGUCUGCAAACAAAUUUUCAAAACCAAAAGUGUAUGCAUGUCAGACAAGUAAAAGAAUAUGUAAAAGUUUCAAUAUACUAAAGAAAAUAGUUGUAAUGCAAUAUACAAAGAUGAAUGUGGAGCAUUUAUUAUCACAUUUGGAGGUUCUAGCAUCAUUAUUUUUCUCAUUAAAGAUAGGGAUGGGCUGGGCCCGGGCGGUUCAACCCGGGGCCGGGUUUCUGGGACUGGUGCCGACCCGAUACCCGGACCGUGUCAUUCUUUCAACCCAGGAUUUGUCAACCUUAAAAAAACUUUUGCCUCCCUAAAUUUGAUACAUAAGGAGGUCGUGUGGUUAUUAAGAAAAAGAGGGUGUGUUCACGAGCAUGAGCAUUAUAUGUAAAUAAUGGAUAUUUUAACAUAUAGUAUCUUUUAGUACUUGGUAUUUUAGACUUUGCAACAUGACAAUACCCUAAAUCCAUCAUUCAAAAUAUCAAUUAAAGUGAUGAAGAGAUGAUGAUGAGGUUCAACAAUGACAUCUAAAUUCUUUUGGUUGCUAAUUUUAUAUUGGUUCUGUAUUAUACAAUUUUUAGUCUUUUCCAACCACAUAUUACAAUUUUUGUUCUUUUCUAUUUUUCUGAUUCUUUGAAUUUAGUUUGUCAUUGCUAAACUUAUUUGAGAGGUAGUUUAGAAAAACUAUAAACUAAAGAAUCAGUUUGUAAUAACAACACAACAUAACAUUCAUCACGAACACAUACAUUGAUUAAAGUACGGGGUGGGGUGGCCUAUAUUCUAUUAACAUAACAUGAUUUUGAUCUUCACUGGAAAUAGAUUGAUAAAACUAGAGGUGGGCAAAAAUACCGAACCGGCAUGGCACCGAAACGAACCGGUAUGGUACCGGACAGAAAAACGGGGUUUGAAACGGAUCUCGAAUUUUUUGUCCCGUACCGGUUCAAAGCAAUGCCAUGAACGGUUCUCAUAAAUGAGAACCGGUACCGGACCAAACCGGACCGAAGUAUGAUUAAUUAUUUAAAUUUACAUUUAUAUCAUUACUUUGACUAGUGUCUUUACACUUUCACCGUCUUUGCUAGUUCAUAUGAAGUAAGGAACCGGACCGAUGUAUGGUUUAAUUAAUUAUUUAAAUUUGUACGACUAUAGUUUAUCUGAAAUUUAUUAUUAUGUAAUACUACCACCGUCCCAAAUUAAUUUGCAAAAUUAAUUUUUCUUGGUCAAACAGUUUCAUUAUAUUGACUUAAUUAGGAUGUCAAUUUUUAAUUAUAUUUAAUUUGAAGUUUGCAACUUUGAAGAGAUUUAAUGUAGUUCCUGAAUAUGUAAAUUUUAAUUGUUAAAAAUUAAAUUAAUUACCAAUAAAGGGGGUUUAACAUUGGUUGACAAAAAAAGUAUUGACUUUGCAUAUCAAUUUGGGAUAAAUUAUGUGAAUUUUUGAAGGAUGGCUAAACUUUACUUUUCCAUUAAACAUUUGGGAAAAAAUGGCAUUGUUUGGUAUUGGUAUGGCAUGGUACCGUCCCGUUUGAAAAUGGAACUGUACCGAACAGGUUUAGGUCUAAGACCGAACCGAACCGUUUGAAUAGUAACGGUACGGGUACGGGUUCCGCCAAAUAUUGGACUGGACCGGACCGCGCCCACCCCUAGAUAAAACUCUCUGGAGGUCUUGACAUUCAUUUUUUUAAUCCUUUGUAUUAUACGGAGUAUAAUUUAUGAACCAGUUUUUUACCUCUGCUCUUAGAGUAAUUCAGAAUAAUUUGGAGCAUUAAUUUUCUUUAUGGUGGUGGGUUUUUUGUUCUUUAAUUUAUAUUUAUAGAAGUUUAAAUAGAGAAACAGCAAAUGAUAGUUUGUUCAAGCUUUUAUGGGUCAUUCAAGGAUUCAGCUUUCUAUGAGAAUGCUAACAUCUCAAAAUAGGAAUAGUCACUAAACCGAAUUCACAUAAACCUAAAUAUCGUAAAAAUUGACUUCAAACCUAAACCGUCUUAAGUUUUAAAAAAACUCUUCAAGUUAAUGUUUUUGAACUAUUAGUCGGUUAGCAUGUCAGUUUUCUUCACUUUUAUACUUGGCAUUAAAAACGUGAAGGAUAUACGAAGGUGGUGAAUAAGGAAUAAACCUCCUCUUGAUAAGAAUUAUUUAGAUUCCAUUUCGUUUUUACUUAACUUUAUCUUUUGUUUUUUUUCUAAUCAUUGAAGGUCAUUGUUUCAUUUCUAAGAAUAAAUAGCUUGCCAUAAUAUAUGAACACUUAAAUAACGUAUAAUUAAUUGUUUUCAGGUUUGUUAGUCUACUCACUUAAAAAGUUACUAUGCCAACAAAUAGCUUACAUGUACACAAACACUCAAAGUAUGUUUUAGUCUGUCUAUUUGUUUGUAUUUUAUAGUGGUACAUAGGUAUAAUGUUCUGGUACUAAUCCAGUCCAAUCCCAUUUUAUCUAGUUUCAGCCAGUCUACAUCUCAAAUUAGAACUGCAUCCAUCCAUCACAUACAUCAUAUAGUCUCUCUCUUAAUUCUUCCUCAAGUGGUUUUUGUCCUGAAAACCUAACACUCAUGAAGAACUUCAAUUAAUAUGAUAAUUGUGAAAAUUACAAAAGAAUAAAAAAGAGUUCAUUGAAAGGUCAAAGUAUGCUAAUUAAUCAAAAGAUGACAUUUUUUUCCUACUGAGAUGGCUAUAAGAACAUUAUAACUUUAACCUCUCUGUACUAUUUCCUUUUAUGUGAACAUUAAUCCUUUCAAAAACCAAGAGGGUGAUAAUAUGCUCUGAAGCUACCAGAUAGUAGCACACUAAUGCAUAAGAAUAAUUUAGACAGAAGUUCAGAUUUUUGCAAUGACUUUUUGAACCAAGAGACAUCCUUCACAUACCUGAUACUGAACAAUAGAAGACAUAUUUGUAAAGCGAAAAUUGAAACAAAAAGCCAUCUAAACCAUUUAGAUGUUUAAUCUCAAUUUAUAAAAUGUAAACUCUUAAGUUAAAGCUUCUAAACCAGGAAGCUCUUUAUACCCCUACUUUUUUACUCUAAAAAACACUUCUCUUUGAAAAUAACUUAUCAUUGAAGUACUCAACAAGCAGACAUCCAAACUUUUUAUUUGUCUUAUUUUUUUAUAGCUUCUCUGUAAUUCUGUUGCUAACUUAGUUUUAUAUAAAUAUAAAAACAAAUUUUCAUUUGGAAAGUGGAAACUCUUUUCCCACAAUUUUCUUUUCAGAAGAAGCGAAGACCCCAUGACCAUUGUUUAUAAAAACAAUUUAGGGUGGUCCUAUGAUGAAAUAUGCUAAGUUUCUUCCAUUGGAAUCUAUCGUUGAAACUUCUAAAAAAUCAAACCCUUGAUUCUAAAACAAAGCAGACAACACUAAUUUUUAAAUUUACUUUCUUUUCAAACUAUAGUUUUUUCCUUCGAAAAACACUUCUCCUUGAAAAGAAUUUACCUCAAAUAAACUAAAGCUGCAAGCUAAAGGUUCUAAACCAGGACGCUUUUUAUAACCCUGCUUUUUUACUCUAAAAUGCACUUCUCCUGGAAAAUAGCUUAUCAUUGAAAUAGUCAACAAGCAAACAUCCCAACUUUUUAAGAGCCUUAUUUUUUUGUUAGAAAUAUUCAUAAGUAUGCAUCUUCUCGUCAUCUCUUUACUUGUUGUCUUUGGCAGACGUGUGCCAAUAUUUGUGAUGUAUUAAGUAAAUCGGCCUCAGCCUUGGUAAGAACAUCCUUGAAAAGAUAUGAAAUUAUGAACAUAGAGCGGGAACGGAUUUGCUUAAGUGACUUCCAUGAAAGCUUCUCCUGCUGUAGCCAUUACUUCAUUACUUCAGCCUUGGCCACUUUCACAAGAUCUUCAUUGUCUCUUCACAUGACUUCCAAUAGGCAUGGACCGGUUCCACGCCGGGCCGAGCUCCGGGCCGGUCCAAACCGCGCUUUUAUUUUUUGGGGGCGGGCCUUGAACCGGCCAGGUUUGCAACCGGGUCCGGGCCGGUCUCGGGCCGGUUCAUUUUUUUUCUAACCUCCCCCUCACCCCCACCUCCCAACCCCCCCCCCCCCCCCCUCAAAACACCUAGCCCAACCCGGGAAAAACAAAAAAAAAAAUUGAAAAAAACAAAAAAAAAAGGCCCGAACCCGGGCCCGCCCCGGCCGGGCCGGUUCCAAAGGAAGGGUAGGCCCAGAACCGGACCGCUCUAACACACCGGUCCUAGGCCCGGUUCCUAGGCUACACCGGGCCAGGCCCGCACAGUGGCGGGUCAAGCCGGUUCCCGGGCCGGGCCGACCGGAACCGGUCCAUUCCUAACUUCCAGUCCAUGUUACACAUAGAAUACCAUGCAGUUAAUUCCUUUAAGGGAUCCCAUAUUCUCAUGUGCAAAGUAGGUUUUCUAUUACCCAAAAAUCAUUAAUAUCAUUUAAGGUACCCAUGUGUGCUAAAGGUUUUCUUAUUCCCCAAAUGAUGUUGCAAUCGAAAUUUAUUAAGUUAUUUAUUUAGCUUUAUUUUGGCACAAAGGAUUCCUAUUAUGCUAGGUUCAUAAAAAAACUCUAUUGUGGUUUCUUCAAAAAAGCUUAAUGCCGCUAAUCAAUUCUAGAUUUUCAUCUAUAGGAUGUUCACACCAAGUUUAUAUGGAAAUACAUUUUAUUUGGAGAGAUGGUGGAGUUAUGCAUCAACCGUAAAUAACUAAUGUAAUUAAUGUAAAGACACUAUCAAUGGUGUGCAUGUUACUUAUUUUUUUCCCUUUUUAAGUGUUACAUUUUCGUUACAAUUGAGGUUUAGGAGUGGCGAAAAGAAUCAUGUGUUUUUGAGGGGGGUAUGAUUAGACUACAUAGUAAAGUUUUUUGUUCUAAUCUUUAAUAAAAUCUCUUGAUAUCACUCAACCUUUUGCAAUCAUUAUCCGUUUGAUUUUUGACUCUCCCCUCUCAAUCUGUAAGUUUGUUUAGAGAGUAUCAUUUUUCCUUUAGUAUGUGUGCGAUAGUUUGAUAGAACAUGGAUAAAUAUAAAAGAUUUGAGCACAAUGGUAAAUGUACAAGAUUUUAGCAGGAACAACAUCCUGAUAUCAAGGAAAGAUCCUAGCUUAUAGCCUUAUAGCAAGCCAAAAUUAUUCAAAAUAGGACUAUAUUAUGACCAAUAAACAUAAAGGUGUGCAUUAUUAUUAACAUAAAGAUGAAGAGUCUUCUCAAAGCUUUUACAUAUAUAUUUCAUAUACUACGUAUUUAUUCAGUGGUUUUAUAUGGCCUUGAAGUAUAACAUUUUGGUUUCCUAAUUUUUGUUCUAUUAAAGUUGUCUCAUGCCAGCUCUGUGUAAUGAUGGAAUAUAUCUGUAUAAUUGAUGCACUAGCUAUAUCAAGGCAACUACCAUAUCUUUCUCUACAAAUUUUUUAUCUGUAAUUUUUAAAUAAAUUCAAAACGGAUGACUAAUGAAAAUUAUGAAAUUGGAUUCAAAACCUUCCGUCUUUACUUGGAUUCUAGGUACUUGAUCUAAAUUAUCUUUAAUUUCGGUUGUUGUUGUAGGUUAAGUUGAUAAUAAUGAUUAGUCUCGGGCGAUGUAGAACAGGGGAGGUGUCUUGAGACAUGUGAUAAUAAUGACCUGAGUAGAAAUGACUUUUUUCUAUUAUAGAAUUACUAAGUUGUCGUGCUAUGCAUACUAGCCGUUUGUAUAUGCACACUCACACACACUAUAUAUAUAACCAUGGAAUUAGGUUCAAGUGAGAAAAUGAUCUUAGGAGAUAAAUGAGAAUGAAUAUGGACCGUUAUAUUGUAAUUUGUGGAAUUGAAUGUACAUUAGCUGGAACUGAAAUGUGCAUAGAUAAAGUCAAAAUGUGUAGAACAAAAGGUGAGACAUAGUGACAUUAUGUGAAACUGAAUUAUGUAUUAGGUUAAACUGAAAUGUGCAGUGCAUUAUGUGAAAUUAAAAUGUGCAUAAUAAAAGUUAUGAUGUGGGGGUAUUUUUGUGCCUUUUAUUCUGCACAUUUCAAUUUCCUGUAAUGCACAUUUGAGUUGUAUCUUUUAUUCUGCACAUUUCAAUUUCACCUAAUUAAUGCACAUUUCAGUUUAAUCAAAUGCACAAUUUAACUUCACAUAAUUCAAUCCAAGUGUUCAGAUUCAUUCUCAUUUCUCUCCUGAGAGUCCUUUAUCACCAGAACUCUCCCAUACAUCCAUAUAUAUAACCAUAUAUAGAUUUUGGUUCAAAUGAGAACACCUCUUAUUGUGAGAAAUGAGAACAAAUCCUAGCCACUCAUCUCUCUACAUCCGUAUACCAUUUUAAUCUUUUAUUAAUGGGUAUUUUAGUAAUCAUGCAUGAGUAGAUUAAUUUGGUAUGUGUUUGACCGGCCACCACUAUGUAAGUUUAGCAUCCUACGUAUUUAAUUUUAGAUGGAAUUUGACUUUUUGAGGCUAUAUUAUAUUAUAUUGAACAAAAUAAGUUAUUUUGGAAGCAAUUAACACAUUUUCGUUGUCGUUUCUUUCCAUUAAUACAUAUUCAUUUCAUGUGCGGAUGUGCAUUAAAUAAUUAUUCUUGUAUAUCUACAUUGACAUGCAUCAAAGGAUAUUUAUUAACUCGUGCAUCAAAUUAUGAUUUAGUGUAUUAAAUAUUUAUUCAUGUGUAUUUCAACAUUUGUCAAUUUUUGUGUGUUAGAUAUUAGGUAUUGUGCAAUUCAAUUAAGUACAUAUAUUUAGUGCAUCAAACAAGUGUAAUUAAACCGUGUAUUAAAUUGUGAUGUAUUUUCCAUACGUUUGUGCAUCAAAUACCAAUUAUUGUGUGUUAUAUCCCGACUAAGAGUAAAAUGUCAAUUCAUGUGCAAUAAACAUUGAUUGUUGUGUGUUAGAUACUGAUUUUUAUGCGGUACAUACUUAUUGUACCGCACUACUGCAUAUACGUAUUAUGCAUUAGAAAUCAAUUCUUGUGUGUUAUAUAUAUAGUAGCUUAAGUUGCAUGAAGUCCUCAUGUGUUAAAAAUAAUAUUAAUUAGUUCUGAAUUGAAUUGUGCCCGAGAUACUAAUAUUUAUGCUUAACAUACAUAGUUCGGUGCUUUAUAUAUGUAUUGUGCAUUUGUUAAUGAUUCGCGUGCAUUAUAUCUUGUAUAAUUGUAUGAGUUCUUGAAUGUUAAAUGAUCAUUCGUAUAUCAUAUAUAUGACAAGUUCGGUUUUAUUAUUAUAAGCUACAACUUUAUUUGGUAAUCAACUUUAAUUAUGUAACGAAUUAUCAUAUUUUGGGGAAGCAAAGAUACGUAACCCACUAAUUCAUCAUAAAUGCUAUUUUCACUAUGACAUUUUUGCCCCUAGAUAACCUACGUAAAUUAAUUUCUUUGGAGAUAGAUAUUACAUUCUAUGCCUAUCCACACUACAUUUAGGUGCACGUGAGAUCAUCCAUCCGUUUAUUAACUAAGAUUAGCGAUUAGGAUAUGUUCUCAUUAUUAACUAAGAUUAGCGAUUAGCGAUUUAGGUUCAUGUGAGAACUUAAUCUUAGGAGAGCAAAAAAGAAUAGAUGUGAGCCAUUGGAUUAACUUCUAAUUAACCGUGUGCUUAAAUCUUCCUAGAGGGUAUUGAAGUCAAUACAUUUCUUUCCAAUUCACACAUCUUUAUCUUGGAACCAUUUACCUAUUAUUUAGGAAGUGAUAAUAUUCUCUCUAUUAAUUUCCUUUCCAAUUCACGUUUCUUUCCAUUCAUCUAAUCUUCAUCAUCGACUCAUCUCUGUAGCUUCUCAAGCAGGAUGACUUUUGGAACAAAAUCAUCUCCUCUCUAUGGAUGCUAGUAAAUCGAUUUAGUGUGCACAAUUUUUUUAUGAAGUUUAUCAAACUUAUAUAAUUAACAUCUAUAUUUCUAUAAUCAUGGAUUCUCCUUAUUAUUAAGUUUAUUGUUCCUACUAUUCAUGUUCAUCAAUUUACAGUUUAUCUUUUCCUACUAGAUUAGAUUCAUAAUCAUUUGAAUACGAUCGCUUAGUUUGUAGAUCUUCAUGUAAGACUUAUUCUUUUGCUAAGUGGAACUUUUUGUGUGUAUUACAGUAGUAGUGUGUUCUGAUCGUUCCAUUUAGUUCGCACAAAAUGCACUAACAUGCAUUUUUCAAUGCACUACCAUGUUGUUUAGUAUGCACCACACAGAAUAACUUAAAAUCCACACUUAGUUGCAUUAUGCAUUUUUCUAUGCUUAUAAUUUGAUGUACAUGACAAUGCCGACAUGCCGUUUAACUAACAUAACAAUGCAUUAACUUGGGUUAAUAAGUGCACUAUAAUGUGAUUUUGAAGCUAUGUGAUUAUGUAGCUAUUUAUCGUUUUUUAUGAUUUUACCUAUAUAUCAUCUAUGCGAGCAUUCUACUAUAUAUAUUUCUCCUUUAGUUUUGACUAUGAACACACUAUUAUUCAUGAUUUUUACGUUUGGUCCAAUAGAGUGCAUCUAUAUUCGAAUAAUCGUGGAAUGUUAUUUGAAUUAUUGUGAAAACUACUUUUUGCAGGAUAAUUUUAUUUAUUUAUUUAUGAUGCAGAUGGUAGACAUUGAAAAUAUGGAAUGAAGAACACACAUGAUGAAGAGAUGAGCUAAUGGUGCACCAUAGAAGUGAAAAGUUGCAUUGUAUUGUUGUAAAAGAGUAGUAACCAUAGGUUUGUACAAGUGCAUUAAGGACAUACUAGUACUUCUUAAUUGUUAGUUUACAAUACUAUACACUUGUCAUAAUCUAAUUAGCACUUUUAGCAAUAAAAAUGUACAUGAAGUUCUUAUAUUUAAAUCUUUUCUUUACCAUAC